AUUAUUUAAACGCGACGAGGAUAAAAAAAAAUAUAACAACCACGUAACAAACUCUUCCCUCGCAUCUCUCUCUCCCCCCAAGACUCAACUCAACAAGAAAGAAUCUCAAUUCUCAACUCAACCAUGGCUGACGACGAAGCCAAAGCUCGAGGAAACGCCGCCUUCUCCUCCGGAGACUUCACCUCCGCCGUACUCCACUACAACUCCGCCAUCUCUCUAUCUCCAACAAACCACAUCCUCUACUCCAACCGCUCCGCCGCUCACGCCUCUCUCCGCAACUACGCCGACGCUCUCUCCGACGCGGAGAAGACCGUCGUGCUCAAACCUGACUGGGCCAAAGGCUACGGCCGCCUCGGAGCCGCUCGCUUCGGGCUGAACCGUUUCGAGGAAGCCGUCGCGGCGUACACCAAGGGGCUCCGGAUCGAUCCGAGGAACGAGGCGCUGAGGUCAGGGUUAGCCGAUGCUCAGGCUUCCGCGAAGAAGAAGAAAGAGAUGAAGCAGAGAGCCAAAAAGGAGAUAAAACUAGGUAACGAUGCGCACAAGGAGGGAGACUUCGAAACUGCGAUUCGGCAUUACUCUAGAGCCAUGGAGAUGGAUUACGAAAACAUCUCUUACAUCGCGAACCGUGCCGCUCUUUAUCUUCAAAUGGAAAAGUACAAAGAGUGUAUAGAGGAUUGUGACAAGGUGGUUGAGAGAGGUAGAGAGCUCGGAUCAGAUGACAAGAACAAGAUAGUAGUGGCUAGAACUUUGACUAGGAAGGGAACUGCUUUUGUCAAGAUGGCUAAAUGCUCUAAAGACUACGAACCUGCUAUCGAAGCUUACCAAAGAGCUCUUGAAGUGCACCGUAAUGCUGAGACGGUGAGUAAGCUGAACGAGGCUGAGAGAGUUAAGAAAGAAUGUGAGAGGGUGGAGUAUAUUGAUCCUGAGAUCUGUGAUGAACAGCGUGAGAAAGGUGAUGAGUUCUUAAAGGAGAAGAAGUAUCCUGAAGCGAUUAAGCAGUACACUGAAGCAAUCAAAAGGAAUCCAGAAGAUCCCAAGGCGUAUUGCAACCGAGCUGCUUGUUACAAUAAACUUGGUGCUAUUGCUGACGGACUAGCAGAUGCAGAGAAAUGUAUUGAUAUUGAUCCAAAGUUCUCUGGAGGAUACAUCAGAAAAGCUGAAGUUGAGUUCCGCUUGAAGGAGUGUGACACUGCGAUGAAAACAUACGUAGAAGGUCUUAAACAUGAUCCUAAAAAUAAAGAACUGCUCGGUGGUGUUUCAAGCUGUGUACAAGAAAUUAACAAGGCUAACCGUGGUGGUCUUACUCCUGAGAAAUUGAAAGAGAGACUGGCAAAGGGGAUGGAAGACCCAGAGAUCCAAAACAUCCUCACAGAUCCUGUGAUUAGACAGGUAAUGUCCGAUCUUGUGGAGAAUACGAGCGCAGCACAGAAACAAAUGCAGAACCCAGUGAUUGAGAGCAAGAUUCAAAAGCUUAUUAGCGCCGGGAUCGUCCAGAUGGAAUAGUCUCAGAAGAGUGGAACCAUAA